GUGCCCGGCCGCCGCUUCGAGCAGUUCCGCGGGGGCGACGAGGGCUCCGUCGUCAGCGUGGACCUGGACAACGGCAUCUGCGAGGUGAUCUUCGACGGCCGACCGACCAGUGUUCCCGUGGCCAUGCGGCACCUGGAGACUCCGGCUGCAGAGCCGUCGGAGCAGUCCACGACGAAGGACACCGCGGACGUCACGCGCAGACUUCUCCUCCCGCAGCCUUCGGAGCCGUCCACGACGAGGGACACUGCGCGCACGGUGCAGGACGACGUCACGACCGGCUCGGCUACGCUGCCAGCGGGAAGCGACGACGGCUCGUCUAUGAUAGGCCCCGCGUCCGCCAUGCCCCGCGCCUCGCGGCCCAGCAUGCCGGGUCCCGAGAGCGCGGCAGGGGCGCGGGCGUUCGUGGCGGCGGCCUCCGCCACGCAGCCCGCGGAGGUCGCGCCCGCCGCAUGCGGCGGGGGCGCCGCGGGCCUCGCGGCGCAGGCUGGCUGGCCAGACCCGGCAGACGCCUUCCGCCUCGACGGCGGCCUCAUCAGCCAGUCGCUGCACGGCGCGCCGGUGGGUUGGCUCUUCGUCCAGCGCCUUGCCGCCCGCCUCGACGCGCUGGAGCGGCGGGUGCACGUGCUGGACGGCCAGGCGGACCCCGGGCGGAGCGUGGCGGUGGCGCCGGGGCACUGCGCAGCACCGCAGGAGGCGGGCGACGUCGCCGAGGGGCUCGAGGCCGGGCUGGGGCGGCUGGUCACCCAGACCGAGACGUCCGCCGCACUGGAGCAGAGGCUCGCCGAGCUGAGCAGCCAGGUGAAGGCGGUGGCCGUGCAGGAGGCAAGCCGCGAGGCCAGGUGCCAGGAGUUCCAGGAGCAGCUCCGGCUGGACAUGCAGGCCUGGUGCGCGCGGAUGGGCAGCCGGGGCAGCUGGAGGUUCGGUGCAGGCCGCAAUUGGCGGCCUGGCGCAGCGGAUGCGGACGAGUCCAUGAACACGACCAACGGGAUGCUGGAAGAGGACGCGGAGGCGUCGAUGCAGCUUCGUGAUCGCUGCGAAGUGCCCUCGGCGCGUGCUGCGGCGCAGGCGGUGCGGGCGGCACUGGACAGGGCGCUCAGUGGCCUGAGCCGCCGCAGCGGCGACAGCGGCGACAGCCACGUGGCCUGGACGCCGGACACCCCGCGCUCGCGGCGGUGGCAGGCCACCGUCCUCUGCCGAGCCCUGCGGUCUGGGCUGCCGCCGGGCGCGAAGGCGCCCGCGCGGCCCGCCGCGCUGGCGCUGGAGGGACCUGGCAGCAGCGGGAGCAGCAGCCCCAGCGGUGGCCUGCCGACGCCGCUCGCGGCGCCAGGCGCGAGGGGGGCACCUUCGCCGCCGCCCCGCCCCGUGGCGGAGACAACCCCGGUCGCCAGCGAGCUGGAAGACGCCGCCGCCUGCGGUCCACCCCCGCGCAUGCGCCGCGACGAGCGCCGCCGCUCGAGCCUGCUGAGCGUGCCCGAGGUGCCAACGGCCCGGGCGCCCCGGAGCCGCGGGCCCAGCUCGGCGCACCGCCAGCCGCACGGCGUGGCGAGCAGGCUCCAGGACGACGCCGAGGGGGAGCGCGCGGCCCGGUCUGCCUGCGAGCGCCGCGGCCUCCGCGCGCCGUCGUGGCAGGACGUUGGUGCGCUGCCGGGCGCCGUGGACGACGGCGCAGAGUGCGCGGGCGGCGGCCGCACGCCCGCGCGGUGGUGCGGCGCGCUCGGCCGCCCCGAGUCGCAGAGGCCGCCGGUGCCGCCCGCGGCGGCCGUGCAGCCCCGCCUGGGGCGGAAGUACAGUAUCACGGUGGCCGACAGCAGCGCCGGCGGCGCGCUGCCACUGGAGCUCGGGCGCUCCCGCGAGGUGGAGACCCCGCCGUCCGAGGGCAGCAGUCGCUCGGGCUCCGACCCGCCGUCGCGGGGCGCCGAGGUCGGCGCGGCAGCGCUCCGGAGGCCUCACCCUCUAGACUCGCCUCCGGCGCGCCCGCCUCUCGGCUCCAGGUGCGCCGACGGAUCCCCCCGGGACUUUGUUCGGAAGCUGCAGCAGAAGCUGGAGCGCGAGGCGCUGCUGCGGGGCCGGGCGUCAGGCGACGCCUGCGAGCCCCCGCACGCUGACGGGGGCACCCGGGUGGCGACCGCCUGCGCCGAGGGGGACGCCGCGGGCUCCGACUCGGAGAGCCACGCGGUGGACCUGCUGCUGGGCGUGCUGGCUCCGGACUGCGUGGACGUGCCGCUGCCCUCGCCGGUGAUGAUGUCGCCGAGGAACUCGUCCUCGGCGCAGACGUCCCGGGUGGCCUCCCGGAACCGCUCCCGGGACACCUCGCAGAACAUCACCCCCGGCCGCUCGCCGCGCGACGCCCAGGCGCACGGGCCCGAGCCCACGGGGCGGGACAGCCUGACCUUCUCCAGCAUGACCUUCUCCCACAGCUCCGCGUCGCCGCCCGCGGCCUCGUCCCGGCCAUCCUUCGCCUCAUCUCGGCCAUCCUUCGCGGCGUCCCUCAUCGGCUCGUCGCGGCCGUCGCUCUGCAUGGCCACCAUGGCCGCCUGCGGAUCCUCGCGCCCGUCGCUGGGCGCCGCAGGCUGCAUCUCCUCGCGCCCGUCGCUGAACGCGGGCGGCGUCUCGACUCGCCCGUCCCUGAACGCGGGGGCGUCGUCGAGGCCGUCGCUGAAUGCGAGCGGCAGCUGCUCCUCGAGGCCCUCCCUCAGCGCCGCGCUGUCGCAGAUCGGCUCCGCGAGGCCGUCGUUCAACGCCACCGGCAGCGGCUCGUCUCGGCCGUCCCUCGCCGCCGCCCUCUCCGCGGCCAGCUCGCCGAGGCCGUCCCUGCUCGGGGCGCAGGGGGAGAUGCUCUGCCUGGAGGAGGACUUCAAGGCCGGCGAGACGCUCGGGGCGGGCAGCUACGGCCGCGUGUUCGCGGCCCAGCACCGCCGCACCGGGCAGGUCGUCGCCGUGAAGGAGGUCUUCUUCCAGCCGCCCCAGGCGGCGGAGGCGCCCCCGAGCGAGCUCAGGGCGCUCGAGCGGGAGCUGGCCCUCUGCGAGCGGCUGAGACACCACCGCAUCGUGCGCUUCCUCGGGCACGAGAUCGGCCCUGCGCCUGGCGACCACGUCGAGCGCCUGCUGAUCUUCCUGGAGUUCUGCCCUGGCGGCAGCGUGGCGUCGCACCUGCGCACGUAUGGGCCCCUGGCGGCCCCGGUGGUGGCGCGCUACGCGCACCAGCUGCUCGAGGGCCUGUGCUACCUCCACUCGCGGAGCCCGCCGGUGGCGCACCGGGACCUCAAGUGCGCCAAUCUGCUGCUGACGCACGACGCGAACGUGAAGAUCGCCGACUUCGGGUGCUCCAAGUGGCUGACCGAGGGCAGCGGGGCUCCGGAAAGGGGGAAGGACACGGUGGUCGGCUCGGUCUUCUGGACCGCGCCCGAGGUGCUCGAGGGCGACCAGGAGACCACGACCGCGGUGGACGUGUGGUCGUUCGGCGGCUGCCUGCUGGAGAUGGCGACCGCGAAGCGCCCCUGGGCCGAGCGCCGCCUGGACAACAUCUUCCAGGCGUGCAAGCUCAUCCUGAGCCCGGAGCAGCUGCCUGCCAUCCCGGACUGCGUCGAUGCCACCAUCAGGGCCACCAUCGCGGCCUGCUUCCAGCGGGCUCCCCACGACCGCCCCCGUGCUGAGGAGCUCAUGAGCCUGCCGCUGUUUGACGCCGCCGCCCGCGAGGCGGACCCCCAGGAAGGCGACGAGAGCGACGCGGACUGAGGAGCAGCGGCCCUGGUCCAACUACUUCCUCUCCGGAUGCAAUUCUAGGGAGGUUUGAUUCAGCACAGGUGCUGUCGUUAGUGCGAAGACCUGUCAGGAGUUGCACCCUAACUCCUCCUAUUCAUUCGUUACUGCCCCGUGCACCGCGCCCGCAAUCAGUCGUGCACGGCCUUGCCCCCGCCAGUAGCGCGCUUGCCUUCGCCCUCUUGGCGAGCUGCCCCCCCCUCCCCCUGGGGUGCCGCUCGAGGCGGGCCUGGGCGAUCCAGCCUGCGGCGUCUCGCCGCGGUGAGGUCGCACGCAUGCUCGCGUCGCAAAA